AUUUUGUGCACCGUGUCAUUGUCAUCGUGUGUGCUUACACGUUGCAUAUCACUAUUAUUUACGCUUGAAUCUUAUCAGAAUUCUAUUAGACAUUCUUUUUAUAUUUCCAUUUUAAUAGAAAAAUGUCGUCCACUGAAGAAACAUCUCAACUAAAAGCAGGACAUCCACCAGCAGUGAAAGCCGGUGGUAUGAGGAUAACUCAACACAAGACACCACAUGCUAAAGACUCUAAGGAAUCGGCUAAUGAAGACCUGACAGGACUCUCUGGUCCUUCACCUGUGCCUUCUAAUCCAGUGUCCAUAUCAGGUGCUCCCAAUCGGGGUAAUGCGGACUUUACUCCGGAAGCUGCUCAAAUAGCUCAUAGUCCUAAACCUCCAUCACAUAUUAAUAUCAAACCUAAUCCUCAUAUUCAACAACCAAGGAAGUAGACUGUAUUAACAAUGAAGUAUGGGCAUAAUAAAAUGUUUAAAAAUAUAGGAAAAUUCAAUUCAUUAAUUUUUUUUGUUGUAAAGUCAAUAUUGUUUUUGUAAAACAGCUGCAGAUGUAUUGUUUUUCUGAGUACAGAUAUUUAAUCUAGUGAAGAAGGUCGUUGAUUAUUGAAAGGUAUUGAAAUGUUGUACUCAAUUCCAUUAUGAAAUAUUGAAUAGCGACUAUAAAUUUUUUUUUAAAUACCUUUUGGCUGCUGUUGAUAUUACUGGCAACUUUUU